AUGUCAAAUCACGAGCAAGUACUCAAUAAGGUACUCAACAAAAUAGCCGCAGAGCAAAAGAUAAACGAUGCGCAAAUUAAUAUAAAGUCCGUUAGCAGCGGCGGAGCUAACUUCACCUCGCAGUUGUUCCAGGCCACGAUCGGAAAUGGAUAUAAAGAGCUGAAACUAUUCGCAAAAGUGGGAGCCAUCGGAGAAAAACUGAGAGCGCAAGUUGAAACACAGUUGCUAAUAUUUGACGUGGAAAACUUUUUUUAUACGAAACUGUAUAAUAUUUACGAAAGUCUGCAAGAAAAGUACAAUGUGCCGCAAGACAAACGGUUCGUAGCGCCGAAAUGUUACGGAUGCAGCGACAAAAUGUAUGAAGAAGUAAUCGUGUUGGAGGACUUGUUGGCACAAGGGUUCACAGUGUACGACAGGAUGAAGUCUGUUUAUUGGAACUAUGCCGCUAGAGUGGUGGAACAAAUCGCUAGGUUCCACGCUCUGUCCGUUGCAUUUGAAAAAGAACACAAGGAAGAAUUUAACAAAAUUGUAGAUCGUUACAAUAUUCAGUUGGUACCAGUGGAUUUACUGCAAGAUUCAAUUAAAAAUGCAAUUAAAGUUGUUAAGGAAGAAUAUAAAGAUAGAUUGAAAAGGUUUCUCGAAUCUUCCAUUACAGUGGAUUAUAACGAGAUGUAUAAACCGUUGAAACUGAACGUGCUUGCACACGGUGACAACAGGAUUAGCAACCACUUGCACAGGAAGGACGCGGUGAGUACACGCUCUUUGUACGCGGUAAAAAAAAUCGCCCUUAAUGUUUCCUAA